UCAUUUGGCCUGGGCUGUGGCUGCGCAGCAAUUGGGCCUCCUGGGCGUCGCGUAGCCAGAGGACGGAUGAUGGCCGGAGUUGGGGAAGAUUCGCGGGCGCUCUUUGGGGCUGGCGUCCGUGCGGCGCUGGAAGCCUGGCCGGCCUUGCAGAUCGCUGUGGAGAAUGGCUUCGGGGGCGUGCACAGCCAAGAGAAGGCCGAGUGGCUGGGGGGUGCAGUAGAAGAGUACUUUUUCCGCAAUGCUGACUUGGAGCUAGAUGAGGUGGAGGACUUCCUCGGGGAGCUCAUGACGAACGAAUUUGAUACGGUUGUGGAAGAUGGAAGUCUGCCCCAGGUGAGCCAGCAGCUACAGACCAUGUUCUACCACUUCCAGAGGGGUGAUGGGGCUGCUCUGAAGGAGAUGGCCUCUCACAUUACCCAAAGAAAGUACAGCAUCAGAGCCACUGCAGUUACAACAGCCGGAGAAACGGAUGAAGAUGAUGCGGACAGCGUGGAGGAAAUGGAGGUUACAGCUACGAAUGAUGGGGCAGCUACAGAUGGGGUUUGCCCCCAGCCUGAAUCCUCUGGUCCAGACUCCCAGACUAUUAAAGAAGAGGAUAUAGUGGAGGAUGGCUGGACCAUUGUCCGGAGAAAGAAAUGAGUGGGGCUGGAAAUGGUUUGGGUCCUUGCUUGCUAGUUGUUUUGAGCCUUGUCUAUAGGGGUUUUGGGGAGGGUUGUGGACUCUUGGACUGGUUCCCCCAUCUCCACCCUCUUCCUGUUCCCCUGUUCAGUUUCCUCCAGGGGAAGAAGAACCCUAGGGUCCUUGCUCUCGAGGUAGUGUGACCUGGUUCACCACACUCCCUUGGGUCUUAAGUUACUGUCUGCAUGAUGGGCCUGAUUUCAUAGUACAUUGCCUCUCAGGUGUGGUUAGUAUGAAGAGGGAGGGUUGAGCAGGUGAGGGCAUGACUGGAGAAGCUAAACACUGGUUGACAGUGGUCAGGUGGAUCUGUAAAGGGAGAGGACCAGCAGGAGAACCAGUAGCCCUGCUGGGUCAGGAAUGUUGAGAUGAACUUGCAAACUAGAAGCAAGAUAAGUUGAAUAUGUGAAUGAAAAUAGCUGUGGUACCUCUUCUUCUUUUUCCCCUGCCCAUACACACACAAAGCAGCUCUGUACCCCUGCCCAGAAAUUGGAACCUCCCAGGAACACUCCCUUUCUGCAGCUUAGCCUCUAGCCCUGGAUUCCUUCAGGAAGUCUAAGAGUUUGCCUAGGUGGUGAGCUUGGGGGACAUGGGCUUUGUUUUCUUUUUCCCCCAGCCUCUUUCCAUAUACUUACCCAAAUCCAGGGAUGAGGCUUAAAACCUCAGUAAAUAGUACCUUAUUAUUUAAUCUGUGACUUGACCCAUGAAGAGCCUUAGAAUCAGCCUUUUAGGAGCUGGGCUUCAGAGCUCAGUAAGGGAGCAGUUUUUGGGCCCACCCUAGCAGCCUGUUACUGUGAACAAAGAGGUGGAUAAAUGGAACACAGCAGCACUCUGAAAGUUUCCAUAAGCCCGAAAUAAACUGUAUUUUUCUUUAAAAAACAAAACAAAGAGUAUCCAUUGUCUCCCCCCCAUUCCCCUGUCCUGCCCUGUGGCCCUGCCAUGGGUCUGGACGAUAAAAUACUGGGUAGCCUUGGGGCCGGGUAGAAGCUAUAAGCCAUGGAAGAGGCAGGAGGGGUCUGGUCACCACCCCACGUAAUGUGUGUAUACACUGGCUGGGGGGAGCAGGGGUGGGCCAGGGCCAUGGGGUCAGUGGCAUAACUGGCACUUGAAUCCAAAUCUGCCUCCAGUUUGGGGGGGGGGAUUGGGUGGAGGCAGGAUCUGUAGGAUGUUGAAGGGAUGGAGGACAAAACAGCCUAAUUCAAGGGGGUCUAGCAACAGCUCCCACCCUUCCUGGGGACAGGGAUUUAAAAAAAAUUAACAUCACUGUAGGAAUUUUUUUUUAAAGCCCAGGUUUUGUGAAAAGAUGAAUUAAAAAACCCAAGACCCAGCACUGGGGAUUGAAAGUGCCCGUGAUGGGAGUUCAAGUAUUGACUGAGCUGGGAGGGAGGGGACUGGGGCCCCCAAUUGGACAUGGGCAGCUAGAGUGUGGAGCAGCGGGCCCCAGUUCCUCCCAAACCCUCUAGGUCUUGUCUUGGGUCUGGGGGGCUUCGGAGGGUUCAGCAAUGGCUCCUGAAGCUGCCACUGGUGCCUCCUCCAUCUCCCUGUCCUCAGACAGUGUGGGUCCUGGGCAGAACGUGUCCCCACGGCCUGCCCGACCGAGCACUGCCAUCCAUCGCCGCUGCAGCUCCUCUGUCUCGGGGCUGAAGUACCAGCUCAGGUGGCUCUGGGUGAUCUUGAAGACGUGCCUUCUGUCAGGCCGCUCUCCUGCCUCAGGAGGCCCCACCUCAAAGCCAAUGAGGGGCAAGCUGCGCUGGGCUUUCACAUCCUAGGGAACAGGACAGAGCUGAGGGUCACCUCGAGGCUGGACUUCUCACUAGUUUUGCAUCAGCUGAACCCUUCUUUUCCUUUCCCUCCUCCGGAAAUGUCCAUGGCUCCAUUGAUAGCAACUGAAAAAUGUCAACUGAGGCAUGCAGGCUAGUUCAAAUACCCAUUUCCUCCCACAACCAAAACCAGUUGGGCUAGUCUCUUUAGCAUAUAACAAAUAAUAUUUGCAGGCCUUUGUUUCAGCUGUUGCCUCCAUUCACUUGUUCUUCCCCGCUCCAAACUGGACCUAGCAGUGCCUAACCUCCACGAAACUAGCUCCACUAUCUCACCCUGCUUUUCCCUACACAUGUUGGCCCACAGUCACUCCUUGUCUCUAGCUGGUCUUUGUCUCAUAAGGGGUAGGGGUUCUGAUUUCCCCUUAGCCUUACCCAAUCUCCCAAGGCCAAGGAGAGGUCAAGGACUGAAAGAGAAGAGGAGCAGCCUGGUUUUGCCAGGUGGCUGAAAGGCCCUGAAAGAAUGGGAUGCACACCUGAGGGGCUCCAUAGAUGUACAGCACCAAGGGUUCAUUCUCAGGGACCACGAACCAUGCCUUGUGCCAUCCUUUGCCACCUUUCUCCAUGUAGUGUAGGAAGCUGCAGAUGACGCUGUUCUCCGCAGCCACUGAGGCCUGUUUCUGUGGCCAGAGACAUAGGGGACAUCAGUGUUGAUAGAAGGCCUGGCCUGGCUACUCUUGGCUUUGACAUGCCCUCAGCAUAGGGAUUGAUAAAGCUGAAGCUCAGAUGGUGGGAAGGAUUUGUCCAGUACCCCCACCCCCUGUGGGUUAGGAUUGAGGCUGAAAGCCAGGCUUGUCUGCUGCACUGCAGUGGCUGCUUGCCUCCUAAGAGUUGGUGGGAGGGGUGUUUCAGCAGGAGCACCUAGAUGCCAGGCAGGCAUUGUUCCAUCAGUUGAUUUAUUCCUCAAGUCACUUAUGCCUUUAUACCUCCCCCUGUUCGUUGUAUUUCAUCAUAACAUUCAUGCCUUGGAUUUAGCAAGAGGCAACCCUAGCAUUGUGAAGAGGAUUGGGUAGCUGUGUAAGGCAGUUUGGCUUAGAAUCCCAGCUUGAGAUGAAAAUGUAUUGACUUGGAAGGAGAACAUAUAGGUCUGUUGUAAGGAUUAAAUGAGUUAAUGUAUGCAAAAUGCUCAGAAGAGUGCCUGGCACGGAGUAAGCAUUCUUUUUUAAAAAAGAUUUAUUUAUUUUUGAGAGAGAGAGAGAGAGCGCUCACACGUGCACGUGAGCAGGAAUUAGGGGCAGAGGGAGAGAGUAAAUCCUCAAGCAAACUCCCCCCCCCCCCCCCGAGUGAGGAACUCACCCGAGGGCUCCAUCUCAGGACCCUGAGAUCAUAACCUGAGCUGAAAUAGAGUCAGCCGCUUAACCAUCUGAGCUACCCAGGCACCCCCAGAGUAAGCAUUCUUUAAAUGUUAAGUGAAAUGAAUACCUCAGUUUGGUUAAAAACAAAACCAAAAAUGUAUGUAUGGCAUGCUACAGCACAAUUAUUAUUAGUGGUAAUCUAGUGGGUGGAAGGAAUAUGGUGUUUUUAUUAUUUUUGUUUAUAUUGUCUAAUUUUCCCCAGUGCACAUAUCCUAUUUUGUAAUAAGAAAAGAUAAUUUGUUUAUUGAAAAAACGUACUAGCUCUGCCAUUUGCUGGCUGUGUAAUUUGGGCAAAUAACUCCCUGAGCCUCAGUUCCCUCAUUUGUAACCCAGGGAUAGAAAUAGCAUGGAUAGAUUACUUACUGUGAGGAUUAAAUGGCUAAAGCACUUAAAUAAAAAUUCGUCUUUCAUUCA